UAUUGGUCAUAAAAAUAUUAAUAAAUAUUUGAACUUGGCCUAACCAAAGGCGUAUAUUAUUGCCGAAUUCAAUGUGUGUACAAGCGUUUGUAAUGGUGAAGUUAGCGUUUUGUCCAUAGGUACUGUGCAUCAGUGCAACAUCCUUAACAUUGAAAGUGAAUUUCACCGACCGAUCUUCGCGCUUCUCUGAGGUUAGGGUACACCGCCUGACUGCUGCUACCCUCAACCUCUCACCUUCCCUCAGCAUGGCGAGCUGCCGGCGACGCCGAAUUUAAGGACAGCUCUCACCUUACCGGCGAAGGUCGAGGGCCAAAAUGAGCACGGUUGGCGCUGUGAUGCCGACCACCGCAGACACCACCAUUUCCUCCAUCCCACCCAUCACCACACUCUCCAUCCAUGAUGAAGUGCCCGACUUGCCUGAGGGAUCUGACUCGUCAGCUGUGAUCGUCGAGGGAGAAACAACGGAACCCUCAUCCAGUCAAGAUGUCGAGGUUCCGACCCCUGCCGAGGACGAGUCUCCCAUUGCAGCCGUCGCUGGACCUAAGGACGUCGGGGAAGGGGCGAAGGCAGAAGCAGGCGUCGAAAAUGAACAGCCCGAGGUUGAGGCUAUAUCCGAUGGUCGUCGGUUUUUCUGUCGGGAGUGGGUCUGGAUUAAAUUGUGGGCGUGCGUGGAGCAGCGGCCGGCAGCGAAGACUUGCGGUGCGCUGCUCAUGGCUGGACCAGGUGCCGGCAAAACUGCGCUCUGCCACGAACUGGUCAACCCGAGUGCCAAUCACGGCCGUCACGCUGCACAGCUUCAGUCGAGGCUGUUAGCUCAUCAUUUCUGUCAUGCUCACGAUAUGCUGUCGCUCUGCGUUGCAAACUUUGUUCAAUCUCUCGUGACUCAGCUGUCAUAUUCGCCCUUACUCCCCGGGUACAAAGAAAAGCUCGAAGUUCCUGAUAUCAAGGCUGCACUGGAGGUACGGGCGCUCUACCAUAAUCCUGAUGAGGCUUUCAGACGCGCGGUGCUCUUUCCUCUCUCGGAGAUCCCGAGCCCGCAGAAGACGUUGCUGCUGGUCGUUGACAGCGUUGAUGAGGACGCUCUUACCAACUCAGAGAGCAGCUGUGAUGCACCUGGCACUUUUUUGGCAUGCAAACCUAGCAAUACAUCACGAACUGUUGCUGAUCUCUUGGCAAGUCAUCAUCACUUGCUUCCCUCGUGGCUUCUGCUAGUUGUAUCUGCCCGUCGCUGUUCGCGUUUCAUAACAAAACAAUUUACAGGCUUCAGAAGAAUCUCUCUAGAUGAUUUAAGGCGGAAUCAAGUUGUCCGAGACGUGCAACAAUACAUUUUAUGCCGCCUGGAUCGUGAACCUGCUCUAAGAAAUCAUUUGUCUCGCGAAACUGCCGAAAUGCUUAACCAGUUACACAUCAAAAGCAAUGGAUGCUUUUUGUACCUGGAAAAAGUUCUUGAUGGUGUAUCUGAAGGUUGGGUGACGCUACGGGAAAUACGUGACAUUCCCGGCACGCUGAACGGUCUUUACCUAUGGCUGUGCCAGCGCUUGUACCCAAGGCGAAAUUUUCAGCGCGUUGCUCCUUUACUGGCAGUGGCGCUGGCUGCUCGCCAGGCCUUGACACCAGAAGAGCUCAGGGAAGCCAUUCGAACACGAGCACCGGACAUGUCGGAGGAAGAGUGGAGCAAGAGGUGGGGACUCCUGCGACGUGUGCUGUGUCCGUACUCGCCCCGGGUUGUUAUGUUUCACCACAGUUUCGCUGAGUGGCUGCUCGACGUGAAACACUGCACGCAGAAGUAUCUGGUGGAUGUGUCACAAGGGCACGCUAUGCUGGCCAUGAACUUGUCACUCCGAGCUCCUACUCUCAACCCUGCCAGGGUGCAAGACUUUGCCUUCCACUUGGCCCGCAUGCCCGUGCAGGCGCCGCUGGAGCCGUGCCACCUGGCGCAAUGGCUGGUAGCGGCAGGCACUCCACUCGAGACCUGCUUUGAACACGUGGGGCCUCUGGACCAUCGCGCCGUCAGGCUGCUGCUGGAGGCGGGGGCUGAGCCUCCCCCUGACCCUCUGUUCGAAGAGGAAGCGUCGGUCGAGGAGGACGAAGAGGACGAGGAGGAUGAAGUAGAGGGCGAGGAUGAGGAAGAAGACGGCGGGGCUGUCGAAGAAGUGACAAACGAUGAAGGAGGGAAGCCGGGCGAAGAACAAAGUUGUGUGAAGUAUAAAGAAUUAGGAACUGAAUCAGAAUUUCAGAACACUCCCAAGCCGGGGACCACAAUUGUUCCAGAGGAAUCUAACUUAAACGAUAUAUUCACGAAUAACUUUAAACUUGUAAAUACGGAUAGGUCUUCUUUAUUAAGCAAAAGUGAUAUUGUACAUAGCGAAGGAUAUUUAAAUGGAGCGUCUAUACAGAAUGAACCUAAUCCCGUCAACAGCCGGCCUCGGUCGAGUAGCACGGAGAUAAUGUGUAGCUUGUCAGAGCUGCAGACGUCGGUGGAGAGCAGCUGCGUGAGUAGCAGUCGCGGCACCAGCGGAGGUCGCCUCAGCACCGCCAGUAGCGCCGCCUCAAGCCGACGAGCGGGACGCCGAGAACAGCGCCGCCGGCAACGCGAGGACCCCUUGUACCCGUACCUGCGUGGGGGUCCCGUGGACCAGCGGGAUGCUGCGGGGCGAACCCUUCUGCACACGGCGGCACACCAGGGCGACGCAUCUCUAGUGCGUCUCUUGCUUGAGUCCCAUGCGUCGCAUUCACUGCAGGACUGCGGAGGCCAGACGCCUCUACAUCUCGCUGCCCGCCAAGGCCACGCAGAAGUCGUAGCCAUUCUUUUAGCCCAUAACGCCGACCCUGACCUCGCUGAUGGCGAUGGCUGGACGGCACUCAGGUCUGCGGCCUGGGGCGGUCACGCUGACGUGGUGUCGGUGCUGCUGCGGGGCCGCGCACAGGUCGACCUCGCUGAUGCUGACGGGCGCACGGCUCUGAGAGCCGCGGCCUGGGGAGGCCACGAGGAGGUCGUGGCUUUGUUGCUGCAGCACAAAGCCUCCGUUGACCUUGCCGACAGCGAAGGCCGGACGCCGCUGAUCGCCGCGGCGUACAUGGGACACGGCGAGAUCGUCGAGCCUCUGCUCGCUGCUGGCGCUGAUGUCAACCAUGCUGAUGUGGACGGCAGGACGGCGCUGAGUGUGGCCGCUCUCUGUGUGGCCGCCAGCGAAGGACACAUAAAGGUGGUCACUACGCUGCUCGAGCAAGGCGCGCACGUUGACCAUCAGGACUGUGAUGGCCUCACUCCACUUCUGGUUGCUGCAUUCGAAGGACACACUGAGGUGUGCGAGCUGCUGCUGGACUACGACGCGGACGUGGACCACGUCGACAGGUCCGGCCGUACGCCGCUGCUGGCCGCGGCGUCCAUGGGGCACGCCGCUGUAGUGCAGCGCCUGCUCUUCUGGGGCUGCUAUGUCGACCACAUCGACGCUGAGGGCCGCACUGUGCUUAGCGUUGCUGCUGCUCAAGGAUCGCUGGAAACAGUGAACUUACUGCUGGCACGAGGACUAGACGAGACGCACCGGGACAACGCCGGCUGGACGCCGCUGCACUACGCCAGCUUUGAAGGCCACAGCGCCGUGGCUGCGGCCCUCAUCGCCGCCGGCGCGCGCGUCAAUCAGACGGACAACGACGGCAAGCACAGCCUUGUGCUGGCCGCCCAGGAGGGCCAUGCUCAGGUCGUGGCUCUCUUGAUGGACUCGGGAGCUGAUAUUGACCACACGAGUCACGAUGGGCGCUCUGCCCUGCGCGUGGCGGCGCUGGAAGGCCACAAAGAUGUCGUUCAUUUGUUGCUAUGCCGCGGGGCUGAUCUCAGCUACAGAGACGCCGAUGGUCGCACCACGCUUUACCUUCUUGCGCUUGAGAAUAAUUUAUCGAUGGCUCGUUUUCUUCUGGAAAGUAAUGCUGACGUUAGCGCUACAGACUUGGAAGGAAGGACUCCGUUGCACGUAACUGCGUGGCAGGGGCAUUCCCAUAUGGUGGCGCUCCUGCUCGCGCAUGGGGCGGCAGUAGAUGCCACGGACUGCGAGAAACGCACGCCUCUGCAGAGCGCUGCUUGGCAGGGCCAUAGUCAGAUUGUGCGGCUGUUGCUGGAAGCAGGAGCCGCGGUCGACCACACCUGCUCGCAGGGCGCCACUGCGCUCUCAAUUGCAGCCCAAGAAGGCCACGAGGAGUGCGUUGUAGAACUGCUGAAACACGGAGCUAAUCCUUCCCAUUCUGAUCGGUGUGGUCGAACUGCCAUUAAAGUCGCCCUCAAAGGAGGUCAUCAUAAACUAGCAAAACUUCUGGAGGACCAUUUAGAGAAAUGCGGGCAGACUACAGCCAAUUACGUCAACGCCAGUGCGUUGGACGCCAGCAAGCAGCCGUGCUCAGCUCUUCUGUGUCCCGGCCUGACUUCUUCCCCGGCCGACUCUCCUGAGUCGACUUUCGAGAAGCGGCGAUCAACGGCCUCACUGGGCCAGUCGUCGAAAUCUUCUAAUUUGACCUCCAGCACUCGGUCCUCCGGCGGCCACCGCUCGUCCGUGCAAAAGUCGAAAGCCCUUCCUGCUCCAUCAGCGCCCGUGUCGUCCAUCAUGUCACCUUUGCUGAGCUUCACGCAGCAGCUGCAGCAGUGCGGCCGUGGACGCCGUCCACCGCCCUCCACCCAGCCCGCCGCCCACACGCCCAUGGACGAUUCGUCGUCGCCCAUUUACGCUUCACCGCCCGUUUCUCCCCUUAGCGACCACGGGGGCCCGAUGUCGAGCAUGGUAGGCGAGUCAUGCUAUCCUGGCCUCCGUCGAUACGAAGGAUACAUGGGCGGCUCGACGCACGUCAAUCCUGUGGUGGCGCUCAUGGACGAGGAAUAUUGCAUGUCCUUCUAUAAGGGGCAGCGUCCUGCCACCGCUCCUCUCCUGCAGUCUUCUUCACAGGCUGGGCGAUCAUCGGCCGGCAGCAGCAGCGGAGGAGGCGGGUACUCCCCUUCGGGCUACUCCUUCAGCUCUGACCAGCACAUGCGCAUCAUCCUUGGCACCCCGCGCUCUCCUGAACCUACAAGACCUAAACGCAACGGCAUCGUCACCAACACCAGCUUGAAAGCUGCGCAGUCUAAAGCAGCACACCUCCUCCGUAACGGCCUGCAAGCUGGCCGUAGCCGCGUCUCCAGCAACGCACCUACGCGACCCAGCGGCUUGCCGCUCAAGAAAGAAACCCCGCUAUGACUUACGCUUACGGGCCGCCGCUCCCGUCACUAAGCUGCAUGCGGUCUCCUGUAACUCCUGUGUGUCUUCUCAGCAUCGCCGUGAAUAAAGACUUUAGAUUGCGAUUGUAAGAGCAUGAGGUUCUUAUCACAAACACUGUGGUUUCAAGACGGCAAUCAUCCUUCGCCAACGGAUCUUUGAUUCCUCCACACCUCAAUUUGAAAUUAAUCACCAUCUAUAUCAAUGUUUGCUAGCCGAUUUUAAAGCUGGACCAUUUUUUUUCGUGACUAAAGUCGGUCUUGUGCUAAUAUUUCUUUUAUCUCGCUGUGUUUUUGUGCUUGUUCUGUAUUGGUUGACAGAGAACCACUGUAUACUGUCACUCUACUUGUGACCAGAAAGAGAGUACUACUGCUCGAGUGUGAAAUGUUUCAUUUUUGAACAUUCAAUAAGAUCUUUUCAAUAUUUGAUUGGCCUAGAGUGGUAAAUUUUUUACUUUAGAAUGCAUUUUGCAGACUAAAGCGUAUCAAUAUGUGCAAUUGUGGUUUUGCUUUGUCAGAAAGAAAGCCAAUUCAUGUUUGGUACCACGUUCUAGAUGUGCUGUAUCAUAUUCUCUUGAAAGCCUUUCGUGUUUGUGAUACUCAUGACGAAAUGGCGAAUGAUGUAUCAAGAUAUUUUUCAUGGCACAUACAAAAAUAUCUCAAGUUGGGCUUCCUACAAAUUUUACCAACAAUUGGUUAACACUAUAACGGAAAUUUUUGUUUUUACGCUAAAAUUGAAGUUAUUGUUGACUUAAGUUAGUUUAAUUUCAUGUGGGCGGCGAGGAGUAGAAAGGAGUAGGCGUAGGAGCAUGAAAGGAGUAGUAGUCAGUAUCACGUAGUAUGUGGAGCUGUACUUUAUCUUGUCAUCGUAGCUACAAAUUGUGAAUUGAGCUUUUUAGUUUUGUCUGCACGCGAUUUAUGGUCGUUGCAGCUUCGGUUACUUGCUGCCAUCAUGCAUGCAGUCUUCUUUUAUGUUCGGCGUAUGGCUGCAAUCUACCUCGGGUCGUCUGUAUGUCAUAAAACACGUUCCCUAGUAAAACCUACUUAUGGAAUUGCUGCCAAUUUGUGUUUUAAAAUUCUGAUAUCAUAACGCGAUCUGUGCCAAGUUAAUCUUAUGAACAAAAUUAGAUCAGCACUGUAACGUCGUUACAUAUUCUCUGAAAUUUGUGUAUAAGUGAGGCAGUGUGUCAAGUCGCUGUUGACUCGUUUAUAACAAUCUUUUACCUUCUUGCUGUGGAGGAAAUACAGCAAUUUAUAUGUUUUCAUGCUCAAUAUUAACAGCCAUGAUGAUAAAUCUUCAGUCAACUUAAUUGCUGUCAUUAUCAGGCAUAAUUCCUUGUACACUGCAGAGUCAUAAAAUAAAUCAAAUAUUAUGAUAAAUUCCUAGGAUUACAAAGUUCGCUCAAAUUUAUUUUGUUUGUUCGUAAUUUCAGUAUUUGCUGAAAGGAUUUUUGUGUUUCGGAGUUAUUGUUCAUCUGCCAAUUCUUAUGACGGUUGCUUCGUUCACUGAGAGUCAAUAAACGUACAUUUUACUACAUGAGGUUCCACGUGUACAUAUAACAUGCACGUGUACAGGCUGUAUGUGCUUUGGUCGUACAUUAGCUGUCAAGCACUGACGUACUAUAGCAUCUAUAGGCACUAGCGACUAAUUAGAUUAAUGCGAGUGUACAUGUAUUGUGCUAAUGCCUAAUGAGGUCAAUGCCUAAUAUGACCACCACUAUUUAUGUUAUUCGCUGUACAUCAUAGCUUGUGAUAUUCUCUAGUAAUAAUAAUAUUAGCGAUGUAAAUGAAACGUAUUCUCUAUUUAAACUUUCGCUUAGGGCGUUAAGCUGUCGCAAUAUUUUCGAUACUGAUGUUGAGAACUUGUAUGUUGUACGGGCCAAGCUUCUUUAGAGUUAAGCCUGCUCUUUGUAUACGUGGCUUGUCGUCAACAUUUCCGAAAGUUGCCCGUGUUUUCUCUAAGAUCUUUAUUGGUAUAAAGCUGACACAGCUUCUUCCCUCUGUUGACGAAACGCAAGAUGCCACAAAUUUGGUAAUGCCGUAGUAGAAGUUCCAGCAAAUAUACGUUCCUUCGUUAUUUUCUAAUGAGUCUUUAUACUGUCAAUGUGAAAACUUGACUAGAUUUUAUUCUGUUUCAAGUCCCAUUUAACUUCAUUUGAGGUUCUCAACUCGUCGCAUUAGAAGCUUGCAUUAAUUUUGUUCUCAUUCCAAGCAAGCGUUCUCAGUAGCUCGAUAGUGACGGAUAUAUAAUUUAGAAGUGUGAAACUGAUCUCGCUUAGUUUAGUUCGGUUUAGUUAUCGGCGGACCUUAAGGAAAUAUUUCUUCCCAAUUUUUUGCUACUCGGAAAAAAAUCAAGCAUUUGUAAUAACGUCGUCUAUUUAUCUGGUUGAAUUUUAUUCUGGAUUAUCGGUAAAAAUAUUUUAGUCCUGUUCGGUACCAUGAGUUAGUUGUGGCUCAUAUUUUUUGCCGAAUUUUCUCUCACGGUUCAAACUUGUUCAUGUUUUCGACAAAUGCUUGUUUGGGAAGAUAUUUGAAUUGUUACGAAAUUAUCAGUGUUUCAUUAAUCGUUAUUAUUCGACCGCUUCUCUGACAGUUUGCCCGAAAACAAAAUAUGCGAUAUCCUGCAUUCAGAAGUUUCCGUGCAACGUUAAUCACGAAA